GGGGCCAGUGCUUGUGUCUCUCCCUGGACGUGCUUGUUUUUCCUUGAAUUUCAGCUUGCUCAGCUGUCCUGUAACCUCAGUUCUCUGGCUGCUUCAAGGAGAGUUAGGGUUUUGUAGAUUAUUUAACAACUUCUUAUUAUAGGAGUGGGAGUGGUGCUUUUCCCAGCUUUCUACAUCCUAAAUGGAAGUGGGAAGUUGAGGAGAUUCCAUUUUAUAUCAGAUAUUAUUUUCCUGUGAAAUGAGCUUAACUGUGUUUUUUCCUCUCUGUGACAACCGUGAUUAAAUAUAUAUUUGGUCUCCGUCCACUAUUUCUGGCCCACAGCUCCUGUACUUUGCUACAUUAAGAGCCAUAUGGACAUUUUUUUGUUAUAAUAUUUAGUUUUGUUUCUGAAAUAGUUCCAGAGCAUAAAACGUGAAAGAAGUGAAAUGGAUGUCUGUUACAGCCCCUUUCAACAUGCAGGAGUUUACAUUAAUCAGGUGAUUUUUGGAAAGCAUCUAAAUCCUCUUAGGAUGGAGGCUGGUUGCCAAGAAACCAACCUUGUGAUUAGAGGUGGAACUUUCAGACCAGUCCCAGCCUCUGGGGAGGGGAGAGGAGUUGGAGGUCAGAUCAAUCACCUGUGGUCAAUGAUUUAAUCAUUCAUACCUUUGUAUUUAAGCCUCCGUAAAAAAUCCAAAAGAUGGGGUUUGGAGAGCUUCUGGGUCGGCGAACACGCGGAGGUGCUGGGAGAGAGACGUGCCCAGCGAGCGCAGGGAAACUCGGUGCCCCCUGCCACAUACCUUGCUCUGUGCCAUGCCUUCCUGAGUGCAGUGCACUGGUAAUCUAAUAAAUUUUCCUUAAUCCAGUGGGCUGCUUUAGCAAUUUAAUUAAACUCAAGGAGGGGGUGGUUGGAACCUCCUAUUUGUAGCCAGUCAUAGGCACUGGUAACAACCUGGACCUGCGAAUGGUAUCUGAAACGGUGGUAGGGGGCAGUUUUGUGGGACUGAGCCCUUACCCUGUGGGAACUGAUACUCUAGCUGGGUAGACGGCGUCAGAAUUUAGUAGGACACCCAGCUGGUGUUGCAGAAUUGCUUGUUGUGUGGAAAACCCACACAUCUGGUGUCAGCAGUUCAAAGGGAAUACCUGGUGGCUUUCCCCCUUCCCUGCCCAGUCCUCCCAGCUAGGGUCUGAUGGAACAGGAGGAGGCUGGAGCUGGCCUGUGUUGCGUUGGGGGAAAAGAACAGCCCAGGUCUCUGCAGCUGACUCAUGUGCGAGUACAGGCUCCUCAGCUACUUCCUUGUUCUGUUUUUGCGGGUGCCUGGGCUCACUCGCCAGACACGUGGAAACAAAUGUGUUCCGGUGUGCCUGCACGGGGAGACCUGCAGGCCCGAUGCCAGGGGUGAAGGGAAAGCAGUGCCACCUCACAGCCACGCCUCCUCCAAGCAGAGGCGGGCUGGCGCAACCCCUCUGGGAGUGCGGGAAGGCCUCCUGGUGCCCCAGAGGAGCUUUUUUCAGGUGGGUUCGGGUCCGGACUGAGGAGGGGCACUGAGACAGGCCGUAGUAAACACAGGUGUGAAGGAAACAUUCGCCAUGGAAGCCAAGGAGCCGGAGAGCCAGGCGCCUGCAUAUCAUUUCAUUCCUGAGGCCGGCAAGCCCAGGGAGGAAGAUGACAGCACGUCACCUCAAGGGACCACAGAAGCUAUGCAGCUGAAGAAGGAGAUCUCUCUGCUGAAUGGUGUCAGCCUGGUGGUGGGCAACAUGAUCGGCUCAGGGAUCUUUGUUUCACCCAAGGGUGUUCUGGCAUACACAACUUCCUAUGGGUUGUCGCUGGUCGUAUGGGCCAUUGGUGGGCUUUUCUCCGUUGUGGGUGCCCUUUGCUAUGCAGAACUGGGGACCACCAUCACCAAGUCUGGGGCCAGCUAUGCUUAUAUUCUAGAGGCCUUUGGGGGCUUCAUUGCCUUCAUUCGCCUCUGGGCCUCCCUGCUAAUCGUCGAGCCCACCAGUCAGGCCAUCAUCGCCAUCACCUUCGCCAACUACAUCAUUCAGCCCUCCUUUCCGACCUGUGACCCGCCGUACCUGGCCUGCCGGCUCCUCGCUGCUGCUUGCAUAUGUCUGCUGACAUUUGUGAACUGUGCCUAUGUCAAGUGGGGCACGCGUGUACAGGAUACGUUCACUUACGCUAAGGUCCUAGCGCUCAUUGCCAUCAUCAUCAUGGGCCUGGUUAAACUGUGCCAGGGACACUCUGAGCACUUUCAGGACGCCUUUGAGGGUUCCUCCUGGGACGUGGGAAAACUCUCUCUCGCCCUCUACUCUGCCCUCUUCUCUUACUCAGGUUGGGAUACCCUUAAUUUUGUAACAGAAGAAAUCAAAAACCCAGAAAGAAAUUUGCCCCUGGCCAUUGGGAUUUCUCUGCCAAUUGUGACGCUCAUCUACACCCUGACCAACGUGGCCUAUUACACAGUGCUGAACAUUUCAGAUGUCCUUGGCAGUGAUGCCGUGGCUGUGACAUUUGCUGACCAGACCUUUGGUGUAUUCAGCUGGACCAUUCCCAUUGCUGUUGCUCUGUCUUGCUUUGGGGGCCUCAACGCGUCUAUCUUUGCUUCAUCAAGGCUGUUCUUCGUGGGCUCCCGUGAGGGCCACCUCCCAGACCUUCUGUCCAUGAUCCACAUUGAGCGUUUUACACCCAUCCCUGCUUUAUUGUUCAAUUGCACCAUGACACUCAUCUACCUCACUGUGGAGGAUGUCUUCCUGCUCAUCAACUACUUCAGCUUCAGCUACUGGUUCUUUGUGGGCCUGUCUGUGGCUGGACAGCUCUACCUUCGCUGGAAGGAGCCCAACCGGCCUCGGCCUCUCAAGCUGAGCCUGUUUUUUCCCAUCGUGUUCUGCAUAUGCUCCUUGUUUCUGGUGAUUGUGCCCCUUUUUGGUGACACCAUCAACUCCCUCAUUGGCAUCGGGAUCGCCCUCUCCGGAGUCCCCAUCUACUUCCUGGGUGUCUACCUGCCAGAGUCCCGGAGGCCACUCUUUGUUCGGAAUAUCGUAGCCACUGUCACCAGAGUCACACAGCGUAUUUGCUUUUGCGUCCUGACUGAGCUAGAUGUAGCUGAAGAGGGAAAGGUUGACAGGAAAACUGACUAGAGGCUGCAGUGAAGUUCCCUGAGGCCUGGAAGGUUGGCUAACUGUGGCCACAGCCACCAAAGUCCAGAUGACACGACUUUGUGGGCCCAACCCUCUUGGACUAAAGGAGCCUGUUGGCCCACAUUAUGUAAGGGGGCUUAGGGCCGACGGGCCUCCUCAGGUGGUCGCUGUUAUUGGUAAGCCAUGGGAAGAGACUUGGAGUCUGGGGCCAGCCUGGAGGUGGGGACUCCGGGGUGGGGGUGGGGGUUGGGAAUGGGCUGGGUUUUGUUCCAGGUGGGUGGUGCAUCCCGUACUGACACUUGCUGAGUUGCACUGGGGGAAGAAGAGUGCUAGCUAGGUUAAUAGGUGUAGCUGGUGGUUUCUAAAUUUGGUAUCUGAGGUUUGAAUCAGGAGUCUCUACAAAGGGGCUGCCCUUAUGGGAAGCUUUCCUCUGACCAGGUCCAAGCACCUGACUCUAGAGGCCUAAAUGGCUACCAUUUCUUCCUCUGGUUCAAAACCCUUCCCUGGGGAGAUUAUACUCCCAAGUACCAAAGCCGAGGCCCUCUGUCUUUAAGAGGCGUCUCUACGUGGUGGUGGGUCAGACUGACCACAGAUUUUGCUUGGUUUUAGCACAAUCUUCUGUGAAGUUUUACCUGCCAAGGUUACCUUUAAAUGUUUUUUACUCAUGUUCCUGUACAUUUUAGUAUAUAGAUGGAUGACAUGUUACAAGCACCUGGCUGAAGUUCAGCAACGACAGGUGAACCAAUUCAUGAGUCAGAAGUCUGGCAGUACUGCUUUUGAAGGAUAAUCCUUUAUUUUACUUGAGACCUUGUCUUUGUUCUAGUUGAUAACGUAAAUCUCUGGGUUUCUGGUAAGAACUUUAAGAGGACAGAAACUUCUCGAGUUCAGGUGGAUCACCUGGAUUCUUUCAGCUGUUGUCUCAUGGACCCAAGCCACCAAAUAGCUUGUUCCCCUCUGUAAAGGUCGGUGUGAGGGGCUGCUGUGCAGACCCACGCAAGCCCACCUUGGUGCUAGAGGUGGUCUUUUUUUCCUCGGAAAACCUCACACCAGGCUGCAUCCUCCUCUUCUGUUCCCAACACCAGGCUUUGUUUACACUGAGCCGCCUUGGUGUGGAUCAUCAGGAUAGCGCACUCCUCUCCCGCCUGCCUCCUGGUGCGAGGUCUGGUGGGGCUUGUCUCAGGAAGACCUUGGUACUUAUGGAGACUUCUGUAAUUCCCCCGUGAUCAGUGAAGACUGGGGGAAAAGCUGCUUCAACCUCAGUCUGGCUUCUCAGUGGACUGCACGACUGGAAACAACUGAUUCUGGUGCUCAGGCUGCUCUCUGGCACCCAGGCCAAACCAGAGCAGCAGGUUCGCCCUAAUGGAUGUUCCUUCUAGCAGCACAGCCUUACUGGAUCGUACAGCUUCCCUGGGAUGUCCUUGGACUGUCAUCAAGGGACCAGAAGAACCUGCUGGCUGGCAUGCCUCGUGGACUUCUUGUCCUUAGGGUCUGGGAUUGACCAGUGGUAAAGACAAGAACUACAAGGCAAUCUUCCAUUCUGACUGGCUUACUCUGCCGAACUGGCCCAUCCCAGACAAGGGGGUAGGGCAUACUUGCUCAGUAAGGACAACUUAGGGGAGUGAGCUCACAGUGGCUUUUGCUUUAGGGCAAGCACCUGUGAGAAUGUUGGGGGACAUUCCUACUAUCCUGGGUUGGGGAUACGCGCAGCAGAUUCCCGUCCGACAACAGGGAGCCCUGUGCAGAGGGUAACUUGCGUUGAUUAUGUAAACAUGACUCCUGACUGAGUGAGGCUGGCUGGCAUCUGUCCCAAGGAUCCUCCAGAGCUAAUCCUUUAAGCAUACUGCACUUGUCUGGAUGAUCCCUGAGCCAGGCUUUAGCUUUCUCCACUCAAGUGCAUGACCAGCUAAUUCCAGGAACUUGCUGCUCCCUAGUGGCUCCCAGGGGAAACAAGGGCCUCACACUCCAGGUGCCCUAAUACUUGCUUUUGAGCCAUGUUAUUCUCCUCUCAUUACUGGAUGGUGACUGCAUUCUUCCCUUCUCCUCUGGGUACAGACUCUUCCUAGGAACCACCCUGUGGGAAGGAAGCCAGAGACUUCUCCACUCGGGCUUCAUGGUGGAAUUGAUUUCCAUCAGGUUUUUGUUCAUCAACCUCAGUCCUCCUGGUAUGCUAAUCCCUUUUGCAGUGGGUACGAUUUGUGAAGUCAGCCGUUUAAUGUUGGCAAACCUCAAUGAAUACAUAAACAGCAGUGAGCACAUUACAAUCGUACAGAGUGGUUUCUAAUCCUCCGAUUCUGCGCCUAUAGGAGACUACGAUGACUAGUAUUUGACAUUUAAGUUGCUGCCUGUUAUUUGCAACACCGAAUUGUACCUUUGUGGACAGUUAGGGUUGGAAACCAAUAGUCUGUUGGUUUUACAGCUGCAGUAGUAGAACAUGAGAACACAUACACAUGAAAUUUAAUCGUUUUGCCAGGUUUAACAACUCUGUGUAGCUAGGAACUCAUGUAGGUAAAGACUUACAAAGAGUGAGUGAAGGCAGGAUGGGAAAGCAGAGAUGCUUAUGCAAUGUUGGGAGAGGUGGGGAGACACAUCCCUGUGUAAUUCCCCUUCCCAUGUGACUGAGUGUGUCAGGGGCGAGAGGGCACAAAGAACCUUUGAAUAGAAGGUUCUGUGUAUUAAUUGCCCCAGACGUGUGCUGUCCAGUACAGUUAGCUACCAGCCACAUGUAGCUAGUUAAAUAAAAUAAAAAAUUUCAGUUCCUCAGUUGCACUCAUCCCAUUAAAAGUGCUCAGCCCCAUGUGGCUGGUGGCUCCCACUGCACAGUACACAUACAGAACACAGUCAUCUUUGCAGAGUUCCACUGGACAGUGUUACAUUAGAAGGUUAAUGCCAGCUCAGUGAGAGGGCAGCUGUGGGUUGGAAGGGGUAGGGAUAGAGAAUUUGCUUACAAGAGAUACAAGUCCUGGUUA